UCUCUUCUACGUACGUUCUCAAGCGCGCAGCAGCUCAUGUGCUGAGACGAAAAUGGAAGAUGGAAGACAAUCAGCUUGCUCGUCUAUGGCGAUGUCUCUUGUUUCUAGGUUGGAUCAUUUGGAUUUCAUGAUCAAGUAUUUGGAAAGAAAGCAAAGAAUACCAAUAUGGAGAAGCAAUGAUAGUUUGCUGCUGGAACAAGCAGGACUGCAGAGGGAAUGCAUCCCAAUGGAUUUGGCAGUAAAGGAGGCUGGCUUUAAAGGGUCACUGUCUGAUCGGGUGGCAUCUCUUGAACAUAGGCUUUCUCAGCUAUGCCUAGAGAUGCAAUCUAGCAGCACAUCAGGCUCCUCAUCACGCGAUUCAACACAAACACUUGCUGACACUUCAAGCCUAGGAUUCAACAUCAAUCCCAAUAUCCAUGGUCACAGACCUGUAUCCCAUGAUGUCAGUGUGAAUAGGCUCGAAAUUCAGCGAAAACCUCAUGGAGUGCCAGAAAAGUUGAAGAUUGCAAGUCCAGAUGCGAAUCAGCACCUUGGGAAUAGUAGGCCCAAUAAGAACAAGAAGAAAUGCAAAAGCCAGAAAACGGGAAUUUCUGCAAAUUGGCCACUCUUAAAAAUGCUAGGUUGCUAAUAGCGAUAUUUCUUUUCUUUUUUCAUUACUCUAUGUUAAUUUAGUGAAAUCUUUUAGUACCACUAAAGAUUUCAUUAAUACUCUUUUCUUCUCAGCGUAGAAACCAUCUGGGGUUCUUGUAAUGAGUUGUAAGAUCACUCCUACCACUGAUUUUCCAAUCCUUUGAGAAAUAAAAAUAAUAAUCAGAAAUUAAAAUAAGGGUAUUUUUCUAUCUAUAUAUGGAUCUUUUUUACAUGAAAUCACGUUAAUUUAUAAAUUUA